AUCCCGUAUUUUAACGCCUCCACCAAUUUCCCCUCUCCGUCGAAAAACCCAAUUCCACCUCUUCCGAUCUCCCCGGUCCCUUUUUCUCUCCCAAAAAUCCUGAUUAUUCAAUCGAUAGAAUCUAGCAAUUCAUCAAAUCCAGAAGAAAUUUCUCAAGUUUUACUGUAAAUUGAUUUAAUUGGGUUUGUUUCUGUCCAAUGGAUCGGAGGCGGACGGAGAGUCCGGUGUAUACAAGGCAGUGGAGCGGUGGUUCUAGCAGCACUGGUUCAUCGUCUCCGGCGAUGUCUCCGGCGCAUCCUCAGUCGAGGUUAGGUCAACCUUCUGGAUAUUCAACGAUUAAGAGGACACAGAACGUUGCUGCGAAAGCUGCGGCGCAGCGUUUGGCGCAAGUCAUGGCUUCACAGACUGUUGAUGACGACGACGAGGAUGAUGAUGAUCUAGGGUUCCGGUUUGCUGCUCCGACCUCCUUUGGGAAUAACAGUGCUAAUAAUAAUGGCAGUGGCAGUGCUCUCUCUGGUGUUUCCUUCGGUAAACCAAAUAGAUCGCCGUCACCUGCGUUAGGUCGGAACUUUAUGGAGCACACUCCUACUACUCGCUCCACAUCAGCUGGAAGGCCAUCUGUAUCUGUUCGAUCAGGACAAGUUGUGCCACCUAGUAGACCAUCUUUGAGACAUCCUGGUCCUAUUCCACCCCCAAUAGAACCUCCUACUGGCACCAGACUCAGUCAAAAUAGGUUUACAAAGGAUAUUGGACGUGUAGAUAAAGAUAUGGGAGGUCAGCAUGAGGCAUCUGCUCUUCGUGAUGAACUGGAUAUGCUACAAGAAGAGCAUGAUGUCAUUAUAGAUAAGCUUCGUGCUGUAGAAGAAAAACGUGAGGAAGCAGAGGCCAGGGCUAGGGAGCUGGAGAAACAGGUGGCUUCUCUAGGAGAAGGGGUAUCUUUGGAAGCCAAAUUAUUGAGCAGGAAAGAAGCAGCAAUACGUCAAAGAGAGGCUGCUCUAAAAGCUGCACAACAGUCUAGGGAUGGAAGAGAUGUAGAAGUUUCUAACCUUCGUGCAGAACUUGAGCACUUAAAAGAAGAAACAGCAGGUGCCAUGGAUCAGCUAAGGGAAGCUGAAUCUGAAGCAAAAGCCCUUCGCACAAUGACACAAAGAAUGGUUUUGACUCAUGAGGAAAUGGAAGAGGUGGUUUUAAAAAGGUGUUGGCUUUCUCGCUAUUGGGGUUUAGCUGUGCAACAUGGUAUAUGUGCUGACAUAGCGGGAUCAAAGCAUGAGCAUUGGUCCUCAUUUGCACCUCUACCAUUUGAAGUUGUAAUUUCAGCUGGACAAAAGGCGAGAGAGGAUUCUUGGCAUGGUGGUGAUGAUGAUUCUGAUAGGCGAAAACUUGUUCGUGACAUCAAUGACCUAACUGGGGAAGGAAACAUCGAGAGUAUGCUUUCAGUUGAAAUGGGUUUGAGGGAAAUGGCUUCCUUAAAGGUUGAAGAUGCUGUUGCUUUGUCAUUGGCUCAACAACGUCGUCCAAAUUUAGUCCGCCAAUCCAUCCCUGAUCCAAAAUCUCCGGGUGAUUCCAAGUUUAUGGAGGGAUUUGAGUUAAGUCUUGAGGAGGCUGAGGAUGUCUCUUUCAAAGAGGCUUGGCUGACAUAUUUUUGGAGAAGAGCCAAAGUUCAUGGUGUAGAAGAGGAUAUAGCGGAAGAUAGGCUUCACUUUUGGAUUAGUCGCAGUGCAACUUCCCCCACUUCUCAUGAUGCCGUUGAUGUUGAAAGAGGGUUAACGGAACUGAGGAAGUUGGGAAUAGAACAGCAGCUCUGGGAAGCUUCUCGCAGGGAAAUAGACCAGUCAUCAUCUUUACCAGUCCAAAAUUCAGGAGAAGAAGAAGAAGACGCCACUUUGUAAUUCAUUUUUAUUUCGUUCAAUUUCUUAUUGCAAAAAAAGUUAAAAAAGAAAAUGAAAUUUUUGCUGUUUGAGUGUUGAUAAAAUGAAAACUAUGAGAGUUUGUUCCAAGUUUUUUUUUCCCCAUGAUGUAUAAUAUAGAACCGAUAGAUACAUGUAUGUAGUUACGGUAUCUAUUAUAUAUAAGUCCCGACAAUAUUUGAUUGUUUGAACCAA